CAAUUUGCACACACACAUUUCAAGGCUAGAAGAACAAAUAAAGUCUCAACAGCAAGGAAAUAUACAUCUUUGAAAAAUGUUGACGAGCUUCUCGAAAGCCAAUUUGGAAUUAUAAGAUUUAAAGACUCUGAUUCAGACAUCAAUCUUUACACUGGAUUUCCAAAUUAUAAAACCCUUUUGGCUUGUUACAAUCUUUUAAACCCUGGUGAGAAUGGUGAGAAUAUUGUUUAUGUUAACAUCGCAACAAAAGAUUUAGAAUUUUCAGCAUCAAGUAAUGUGGAUGGGUUACAGGGAAAUAAACUUGGCAGGCAUCAAGAACUUAGUAUCCUAAUGAGUUCUUUGUUGUCCAUGUUAGAAUGAGGCUUGGGUUAUUUGGACUUGAUUCGUCCCACAGACUCAGAGUGCAUGUUUCCACAAUAAACAGGAUCUGCAUUUCCUGGAUCAAUUUUUUGUACUUAAAAUUUUGGCUACCUCAACAUCUAACCGAACAGAGAGACAGUAGACAAGGCAAUGCCCCAGUCAUUCAAGGAUAAAUACCCCAAAACAAGGGUCAUCAUUGAUGGAAUAGAGAUCAAGUGUCAGACCCCAACCUCUUUAGUUUUGCACAGUGAGACUUAUUCCUUGUACAAGAGUCAUACAACAUUUAAAGGACUGAUUGGUAUUGCACCCAGUCGCCACAUAACAUUUAUUUCCCAAUUAUAUGCAAGCAGUAUUUCAGACAGGGAGUCAACAGCUAGGUCAGGGUUGCUUAACUUGCCUUUUUCCCAAGGUGAUGUUGUAAUGGCAGACAAGGAGUUUGCCAUUUCUAACCUUUGUGAACCUACUGAUGUUGGCCUAAAUAUCCCCCCAUUUUGUGCUCAGCAUUUACCCUACAACCAUGGUUGAUGAAACCUUACAGCAAUGACACCUUGAGCCAACAGCAGUGGUACUUCGACUACUGACCUAGCAGAGCACGCAUGGUGACAGAGGGGGCAUGUGGUCAGCUAAAGGGAAAGUAAAGAGUGCUUCUUAGAAAAAGUGAGAGCAGCAAGGAACACAUGCAGGCAGUCACCCUGGCUGGCAUAACAUUUAUAUAGCCCAGCUAAUUCUAUUUCAAAGAAGCUUGACCUGACGGUAGAUCCAAGCACCCAGGAAAAGGAGGAUUGUGAAGAAAUUAGAAAGCUUCUGUAAAUGACAGUGUAGAAGUUCAAAAGAAAACUCUGGUGAAGCAGUGAAAAUGAGAGACAUUCCCUGCAAGAAACUGUUGGUUGAAAGGACACUGGAAAAGUUUGAGUAG